GAUCUGAUCUCCAAAAUAUUCCAAAUGUUGCGCAUACGCAGUGUGGACCACGUUCUACUGCUCAUUUUAGUGGCAGUCGCUUUGGUGGCUGGGAAGCAGGAGAGUGCAUCGCGUCAGUUUGGUGGCCAGAACUUCGGCAACGGGCUGGGACCCUCCUUUGGGGCGGGGGCUGGGUUCGGGGGCCUGGGACCCGGAACCGGAAGCGGAAUCGGAAGCGGAGUCGCCGGAUUUCCGGGACAGGGCUUCGGUCCGCCGCCACAACAGCCCGGCUGCCCGCUGUGCGACUCGUCGGUCUACUCGUACUGCUCCCACAAGAUGGUCCACGAUGCCUGUUGCUGCGAUUUUCCAGCCGGUGCCCCGCAGUUGAGGCCACCCCAGUGCCUGUACUACGACUGCUCGCUGCUGUAUGCCAAAUCCUGUUACGAACACGCCCUCAUCAAGAACUGCUGCUGCAAUAAUCCCUACUGAAAUGAUGAAAUACUGAAAUAUCGGGGGUACCAAUCCAAGUGAUUUGUUGGCCCUUUUGCUUAAUUUAUUUAUUCAAUCCAUUUAAAAACACCCACAUGUAUAUCAAACACCUGCUAUUGGCUAAAACCAGCCAACGCCAAAUUAAAUUAAGUAAAUUAUUUGAAGCGAUGGCUUUGAUUACUGGCUAAUUGGAUAAAAUAUCGGAACACCAAAUUGGCUUUAGAAAUGUAGAGAAAAAAAUGGCCUCAUCGGAUUAAAAUGGUAUUACUAUCUUCUCGCAUUGCAUAUAUAUAUAAUUUAAUUUUAU